CACCCACCCACACUCACUCACACACCCUGUCUGCUCUCUCUCACACCUGCCUGGCCCUGCCUCUGCUGUUGUCUCUGUCUCUGUGUCCUGUAACUCCCGUUCUGUUGUCCUGCCCUGCCCUGCCCAGCCCUGCCCUGCCUCGCCCUGCCCUGCCCGCCACGAGGUCCACGCGCGCGCGCUGUCAGCCUGCCCCAGUGGCCGCACGACCGCCCACGGGUCACCGUACCGUACCUUACCGCACACCACCACCUGGCACACCUGGCACACCACACGACACUACUCGAAACUACUCGAAACUACUACCUACUACCACCUCUCUCACUCUCUCUCUCUGCUCUCACCGGCCACUGGCACGCGACCGCCCACCGACGACGCGCACCUCUUGUCUCACCUUGCGACAUUGCCACGUGCGACGCCCUCUCUAUCCCAGAGCCUCGCGCUUCCUCCACCGCCCGACCCUCCGAUCCCUCACGCCACCCCUCCAACCCUGUGCUGGGCCACUUCCCGAUAAGGAACACGCCGCGGAUCAUCACGAGAAAAGGAAUUGAUCGCACACACUCGACACGCCUCACCAUUCCCGCCUCCGCCACCACUACCCCCACCACCUCUACCACCUCUACCACCACUACCACCACCACCAGCCCCGCUACCGACCUACCUACUUCUCGACAUCGACCUCGACUGCCCCUCCACCUCCCCGACCGCCAUCUGUGUGUGAGAGGCGGGCGCGGCGACAUCCGGUGGCAUCAUGAAGUUCCGGCGAUCCGUCAAGAGCGACAAGCACGAUUCUGCUGGCGCCACCAAAACACCGCUGUUCGUACCGCAAAAGGAUGCCAUUGCAAUAGAACCGCCCAAAAAGGUCAUCAAAGCCAUAUACGAUUACAAUGCCCCUCCCGACUCUCACAUGUACCUCUCCUUCAGCGCCGGUGAUUUCCUCCACGUCGUGAGCCGCGAAUCCGAUCCGGACUGGUACGAAGCCUGCAAUCCCUUGCGUAACGAGCGCGGACUGGUGCCUGUCAAAUACUUUGAGAACGUGCACAAGACGGUGCGUGAUUCGGACGAUUCGUCGCGCUCCAUCAACAGCACCACGCAUGACAGCGGCUACGCCGAAGGCUCGACACCGCCCGCGACCACCACCACUGCUGCCCCUCGCAUGCCCGCGAACAUGAACGGAAUGGGUCCGACAGCGAACAUGCCCGGGCAUCGAGCCACACCCUCGUUUGGAAAGUCGCCGGCAGGCAUUUAUGGAAUCGUGUCGUACGACUUUCACGCCGAACGGCCCGAUGAGCUGGAUGCGAAGGAGGGAGAGGCCAUCAUUGUCAUUGCACAGUCGAAUCCGGAGUGGUUCGUCGCGAAGCCCAUAACACGGCUUGGUGGACCGGGACUGAUUCCAGUGUCCUUUAUCGAGAUUCGGGACAUGGUGACGGGGAGAGCGGCGGAAGAUCCGCUCGAAGCAGUGCGAGCAGCGGGCAUUCCUCGCGUGGAAGAGUGGAAGAAGAUGGCGGCAGAGUACAAGAAUACGAGCAUUCCCCUAGGCACCGUGUCCACAACGGCUGUGGGCACCAUGGACCAGGCCAUGGGCCGCAUGAGCUUACAGCAGCAGAAUGGCUCCUCCAUGCACUCCCGACAGGCCAGCAUUGCGACACAACAGCAGCAGAACAUGUUUGCGCCCCUCCGCGCUUCCGUACCCCGGUACACGUAUGCCGACGACAAGUUUCACUUUGUCGUCGAGUGCAAGCUAGCAAACAACUGCCACUAUGACUUGUCGAGGAUAUACGAGGAUUUCUACGAACUGCAAAUCAAUAUGAUUAAUGCAUUUCCGGAAGAGGCAGGGCAAACGCCUGGUAAACCGAGGAUCUUGCCGUAUAUGCCAGGACCGGUCAAGUACGUUACGGAUAACAUCACGGAAGGACGGAGAGCGAACCUGGACGAGUACCUGCGAGAUUUGCUACAGCUGCCCCAGCACAUUACACACUCCUCUCUCGUCAGAGGCUUCUUUGCGCUGCGUGAAGGAGAUUACGAAGUCGACCCUGCCACCAUCGAUCUGAACGAGCAUGCACGCCCGAGCGAUGGCCCACACCGAGAUUCGCAAGUCUCCAUGGCCAGCGGACAAUCUGCACUCCAUCAGCCGUAUCCAGGUCAGGCGGGACAGGCACGAACACAUCAGUACACACAAUCACAGGCCUCUAACAACGGCGGCCUCCAUCGACCCCAACCGAGUCAGGCCUCCGCCUCGUUCAGCAGCCAAUCUCCUGGGCCGGGCGGACUCGCGGCUCCACCUCCCGUGUCCCGUCAGCACACGAAUGUCUCUCACACGACGGUCAACAGCACGGCUUCGACGGGACCGGUCAAGGUGAAGGCGUGGUUCGAUCGUGACACGUGUGUCGUGAUUCGAAUGCCUGCGAGAGGACAAUUCGGAUUUGAAGACCUCAGGAAGAAGAUUGUGGAGAGGCGGAAACUGGAAUUCGGAGAGGCUGCUGAACUCGAAGCCGAAGAUCUGGACAUUGAAUAUCGAGAUGAGAAAGAUGGAGAGUAUUACCGUUUAGAAGGCGACGAGGAUCUCGACAUUGCCGUGGAGAGGAAUGAGAAAUUGACGCUCGCCGUCCGGGCUGCGGGUGGACCUCCUGCGCCUUCAUGAGCGAAGAAGGAGAGCACUCGCUCAUUGCUUUAUUGGGAAAUGGACUGGUCGGGAAUGGGCGAAAUUGGUGACUUGCGUGGCGUUUUCUGGCGCACAAUAUACCCUUUUCUCUCUGGAUUCGGGAGAAGUUUGUUUGGGCCCUUUCGGCAUUGUUCUUGUUCUGUUGGCGGGAAUGGAAAGAAGAGAAAAAAAUUGCUUCUUGCUGUUUGAUGGAAACACCAUGGAGUGGAUAGGGGACGAGAUGGGAUGAGAUGAGAUGAGAUGAGACGAGACGAAGACCGAGAUGAGGAAAGAUUGAUACCUCCUUCCUUUGGAUUAUUUCUUGAUCCUCUGGACUGGAUGGAUGAGAUGAGAUGGGAUGGGAUGAGAUGGGAUGGAUGAAUGAGAUGGAGCACCUACCUGCUGUGACCAAAGAAACAACAAAAGAUGCGUGCAUCUUCUCCAAGUAGGCAGUAGUAGGUAGAAGUGGUAUCCCC